ACACUCUUUCUGUUUCUAAGCGCACAGUUUACUUAUUAAGUGACACAUAAUAACUUCCUUUUCAUGUGUGAUUACAUAAUACUCUCUUUCAGGUUUUACCGGACGGGUUUAGGACCGUAUUAACAGUAUGUUCAGUCUCCAGACUGCUGAAAGAAGAGAAAACAGCGGCGUUUUAGAAAUUAAAUACUAAACAAAACCGAAAGAAAGAUGAACGAUGAUAUUAAACACGCUAAACUCAUGAAGUUUUUGUCCGCCGCUUUUUACGCCUUCAGUUCGUUUUUCAUCAUCGUUGUAAAUAAAUGUAUUUUAACUCAACACAGGUUUCCUUCAUACAUGUUUCUUGGAAUUGGACAGAUGGCAGCUACAAUCAUCAUUCUGUAUGUUGCCAAAAUGAACAAAGCUAUCCACUUUCAGGACUUUGACAAAAGUAUUCUCAGUAAGAUUUUCCCUUUGCCGUUGCUAUAUGUGGGCAACCACGUGACAGGUCUGGGCGGAACAAAGAAAUUGAGCUUACCCAUGUUCACCGUACUCAGAAAAUUCACAAUUUUACUGACAAUGAUUAUGGAAUCAAGAAUAUUGAGAAAAACAUUCUCCCCUCCGCUGGUGUGCAGUGUUCUGGCUAUAGUUCUUGGGGCUUUGGUGGCAGCCAGCUCUGAUUUAUCCUUCAAUGCAGAAGGUUACACGUUUGUUCUAUUAAACGACGUCUUUACGGCUGCCAGUGGAGUUUACACCAAAGAAAAACUUGGAAUGGAGGGUCUUGGUAAAUAUGGAGUUUUAUUUUAUAAUGCAUUUAUCAUUAUCAUACCAACUCUUUUGGCCAGUGCCUACACUGGAGACUUACAGAAGGCUCUGGCAUUUGAAGGCUGGCUGUCUUUUACUUUCAUAUUUUAUUUUCUGCUGUCUUGUAUCAUGGGGUUUAUUUUGAUGUAUUCUAUAAUCCUCUGCAGCUAUUACAACACAGCAUUAACCACAACAGUCGUCGGUGCAAUUAAGAAUGUUGCGGUGAUGUACAUCGGCAUGUUUAUUGGGGGAGACUACAUAUUCUCAUGGCCAAACUUUAUAGGGCUGAAUAUUUGUAUCUCCGCUGGACUGAUUUAUUCCUACAUCACGUUCCAUAGCAACAGCACUUCAGAACUGAACAUGAACCCAGUGGAGGACAAACUCACCAUUCAGAUUACAAGUCCAGAGAAAACAUGACUGUGACACACUAACCACGCUCGUCUUCAGGAGAGAGCUUACGUUCACUGUGAAAUUAAGUGCAUUUUUAACAUGAAGUCGGCUAUGCAUCGUUACUAUUUUUUAUUUUUUAACUGAGUUGCCUAUUUUUUGAUCUUUGGAAACUUACUGUGCAAAAGGACUGGAGACACAUUCACACGUAUGAAUGAACAGAUGUGCUGAAAAGUUUUCAUACCACUUGAUGAAAAUCUUAAGUUUUAGUAGUUGCCCUAAAGCAGCAUAGUGUAUUUAAGUAUUUUGCACUAGACAAAAAUGAUCUGAAGGUUCUAUACUGUACAUAGUUAUUUUGCCUUUUGUAAUAUAUGUACAUUUCUCCUUAUAGAUUCAUGUGGGGAGAACACAAAAAAAUAAAAAAUAAAAAUAAAAAAUGCAAUUUUUAUGAACGCCCUCACACCAUAAUUAUAAGCAGAACAGUAUACAAGUUUUGGUAACACUUCACAUUAACGCUCCCUUUGUUAAGAGUUUAUAAAGGGGUUCAUUAAUGGACAGAUGCUUUAUAAAUCAUUUAUAUGCAGUUAUAACGACAUAAAAAGGUAACUCAUGCAAUACUUGCAAAAUAGUGAGCAUUUCAACUUGCAUACAUAAUGCUUGAUAAACUCUAAUAAACAGAUCAAUUGAAAGCACAAAAUUAAAAACAUCUUCAUGCUUAUUCACAGUAAUUAUAUAACAAAUCCAGAUGACCAUUUAAUAACUGAACAGAGGUUUCUGAUGUCGCCAACUCCUUAAUAAAUAGUAAAUUUGUGUCCUUUAAGAUGCAUUUUCAAAAUGUACUAAAGUUGAACAAUGUGUUAUUAAGUAUUUAUAACAUGCUAGGUCAAAUGGCUCACACAAGACUAUUGCCCCUUCUAUUCAUGUUGUUAUAACCACAUGUAAUGCAGUUGUAAAUGAGUUUCUGGUCCUUAAUGUACUUGUUUAUAAACCCUUAACAAAGGGAACAUUAAUGUAGUGUUAUAUUUGUAUUUAAAUAAAACACGACAACCAAGAAUGA